ACAAUUUCUAAGCAAUUUAGUUACAAUGAAUACUAGCUUCCUUUGGUUGAUACUUGGGUCAGUUCUUCUGAUUGCGAUCCUUAGUCCUGCGAAUGCGCAGCUGAAAAGAAGGACUAUUGGUGCACGUUGCGGUCAGGGAUGGUGUGUUAUUAGGUCUAACUCAUGUCGAAAUACUUUUGAUUAUUGCUCGAACCCAAAUGAAAAGUGUUGCAUCUUUAAUAGGUGGAGAAAACCUUAAAAGGGGUAUAAUUUUUAAUAAAAGCCCAAAACAGUUACACAAUAAAUAACUUGUAUAUUACGUUUUAAUUUAUUUGUUUACUAAGUAAGCCACAUUCUUUCCAUAUAAAAAACUACAUUUACUUAUUUAGACCCUAACGAAUCAAUUCAAGGUAGCAUCUUAUAUAUACCCAAUCCGUAUAUUUCCGAAUCAAUUUAUUACGAAAUGAUCAGUUUUUUUCGGGUCCUUCUACUGGCAACUCUCCUGACUUUGACCUUUAACCCCGCGCGUGGGCAAAGAAGGACGCUGGGUGAACGAUGCCGAUCAGGAUAUUGUGUAAUUAGGACUCACGCGUGCAUGGAUACGGGGUGGUAUUGCUCAAACCCAAGUGAAAAAUGUUGCCAAUUUCCUGGGUGGUCUCGAGUGACAAGGAGAGGCUAACUAGACUAAAUCCUUAAAAGUGAUGCUUACGUUACUCCUUUCUGCACAUUUUCAAGAUUUUUUCUUGAAGUUACUACAAUCGUCCUCAUUUAAAAGUAUAGAAAUACAUCAAAAAUGUUACUGAUUCUAAUAUUCUUGAGUGAGUAAUACGCCAACUCUGACUUAAUCUAAUAAAUUAAGUAUGGUGAUUUGUCGUAAGAUUUAAAUAACCUAGAUUGCAACACUUUUAGUGUUCAAGUGUGUUUCGCUAAGAAAGGGGAAAGAAUCGGGAAUGCAAAUCAGUGGGAGAUUUUUAUUAUUAUUUUAAACAACACAAAUCAAUUUUAUGGUGUAAUUGGAUCUUGCAUAACAUUGCGCUUACUGCCAAUUGCAAUUAUCAAGCUACAUGCAUCCAAAAGCUAUCAGAUAGAUUCAUUUGAUUUCUAUCAUUAGACAAGGAUGGACCAUCUUUCAUUGUUAUUUCUUAUAAUUUGUUUGAUGUCCGUGUUGCAUUGCUCCACGGCUCCCACACACCCUGAUUGUGGUCCAGCUGGUCGCUGCUACACUGUGAACUCACACUUUGGAAGUUUUAGACAGACAAGAUGUGUUCCUUGCAAACGGCGUAGAUUUGACUAAAGUUUGCUGCUGAUGGACUUUGUUUGCCAAAAUAUAUUUCUUGCAACAAGGUGAAAAAUGAAAAUGUAGUAGCCUGCAAGGAUAAUUAAAGAUGUUGCAAUAACAACUAAAAGAUAAA